CAAUCCUCUCUCUCUCUCACACACACAAACACACACUAAACUCCUUUUCUUAUCUCCUCAAAGUUUCAUGUGAAGCUUCACCAAAACAUCUCAUUCUUUGCUGUCUUCUCUCUCUCUCUCUCACACACACACACUAACACAAAAACCAACUAAAAAUGGUGGGAAAAGAGAAAUUGGUGAUGAUUUAUUUCCUAAUAAACAUAAUCCUAGUGAAUUUUGCAUGGGCUGAAGAAGAUGAAGUGAUAAAUCCAUCAAAAUUGGAGAUGUUUGUUGAUGUACUUCCCGACAUGCCUAGAAUCAAAGGCUUCGAUUUCGCCCACGAUUCUCCAGUUCCGACCAACCUCAAUAUUGGAAUGUAUCAAAAACUUUGGAAAUUUCAUAGAGAUUUACCUGCAACACCAGUUUUUGCAUAUGGCACAACAAAAGAAAAUGCAACAGUUCCUGGGCCCACAAUUGAAGCCCUUCAUGGAAUUCACACACACAUAAAAUGGAUCAAUUAUCUCCCUUCAAAACACAUACUACCAUGGGACCCCACAAUCCCAACAGCCACACCUCACAAGAGGAAGGGCAUCCCCACCGUGGUGCACCUCCACGGCGGCGUCGACGAGCCCCAGAGCGACGGCCACUCGGGAGCAUGGUUCACGGCCCGGUUCAAGGACCGGGGCCCGUCUUGGACGAGAAAAACCUACAACUACCACAACUUACAACACCCUGGGACACUAUGGUACCACGACCACGCCAUGGGGUUGACCAGGGUCAACCUCCUGGCUGGACUAGUUGGCGCCUACGUCAUCCGCCAGCCAAGCCUUGAGCGGCCGCUUGGCCUCCCCUAUGAUGAGGAGUUUGACCGCCCGUUGGUCGUGUUUGACCGUAGCUUCAACAAGGACGGCUCGAUCUACAUGGACCCCAAGGGGAACAAUCCAACCAUCCAUCCCCAGUGGCAGCCAGAGUACUUUGGCGACGCCAUCGUGGUCAACGGGAAGGCGUGGCCUUACAUGACCGUGCGACGAAGGAGAUAUAGGUUUAGAAUCAUCAACGCCAGUAACGCGAGGUUCUUCAACUUCUCCAUCGACAACGGUCUGAAAUUCGUCCACGUAGGAUCCGACACAACGUACAUUGAAAAGCCGAUCACGACCAGUUCCUUUGUGCUAGCGCCGUCCGAGAUUGCUGACGUGGUCGUUGACUUUUCAAAGUCAAAGUCAAAAUCAGCAAUAUUGACCAACAGUGCAGCAUAUCCAUACCCUUCAGGUGACCCGGUCAAUGCAGCGAAUAGCAAGGUCAUGAAAUUCAUCAUCAAAUCCGAACACGAAGCUGACACCUCGACAAUCCCAAAAAAACUGAUCAAAUAUCCCCCACCAAGUCUAUCUGCCACGGGGGCGCUGACAAGGCACAUCGCUCUGUACGAGUACACGAGCCCCAUCGAUGAGCCCACACAUCUCUACAUCAAUGGCUUGUCCUAUGAGGCCCCGGCCACAGAGACGCCUAAAGUCGGCACCACAGAGAUAUGGAAUGUGAUCAAUCUAACGGAGGACAACCAUCCGUUGCACAUACAUUUGGGACUUUUCGUGGUUCUUGAUCAGACGGAGCUGGUGGAUGUGGACAAGUUUAAAGAGUGUAUGUCGAAGUACAAUGACGCUAUCAAGUGUGGGGUCCACAAGUAUGCUGUGGGCCGGAAAACAGAGGUUCCAGCCCACGAAAAGGGGUGGAAAAAUGUGUUCAAGAUGAUGCCCGGACACAUCACUAAGAUACAUGUGAGGUUUUCUUACAUUCAUUCGAACGAGUCGUAUCCGUUCGACGCGACUGCUGAACCGGGUUAUGUGUACCACUGUCACAUUUUGGAUCAUGAGGAUAAUGCGAUGAUGAGGCCAUUGAAGUUCACGCACUGAUGGUGAAAUGUGUUAAUUUUGGUGUGGUGAUUUGAUAUAUAGUUUCAACUAAGGCAAAGUUUAAGAGUAAUCUUGCAAAUAGUGAGUGUGAAGAUGUUGUGUAGCAAUAGCUAUAUAUAUGAUGUCUAAUGUCCAAAAUCAAGUAUAAGUAGGAGGCAUCACUAUUCCUAUUCGAACAACAAUAAUAUACUACUCCAUAUUGAUAAA